AUGAAGGAUUGUUCACAUAGUGUUUUCCCUAUAGCGAAGGGUGAUCGAUUCAAUCUGAACCAAUGCUCGAAAAACGAUCUUAAGAAGGAACAGAUGAAGAACAUUCUAUAUGCUUCUGCAGUUGGAAGUCUAAUGUAUGCUCAGGUCUGCACAAGGCCUGACAUUGCAUUUGCUGUUAAAAUGUUAAGACGAUAUCAGAGUAACCCAGGUUUGGACCAUUGGAGAGCUGCAAAGAAAGUGAUGAGAUAUCUUCAAGGAACCAAAGAUUAUAAGUUUAUGUACAGACGGACAAGCAAUUUAGAGGUUGUUGGCUACUCAAAUUCAGACUUUGCUGGCUGUGUUGAUUCGCGUAAAGCAACAUCUGGAUGCAUUUCUAUAUAG